AUGGACAUCCUUGACACAGAUGCCUUUGACAGGCGGCAGAGGAGAAAUAUGUCCUGGGCUCUCCUUUUUUCCCUCUUGCCUUUCUUUUUGUCCGCAGCUCUAUACUUCUACCUCUGGACUCCUGACUUGCCCUCGUCCAUCACGGCUGCAGGUGUCAAAUCAGCACCAACACUCCUUUUGGCUGCAGUAGUGCUGAGCUGGAAUGGAGGUCAGAGUGUCCUGGGUGUGGGGGGAGGACUGAUUUUCUCUGCUGUUGGUGACUGUUGCCUGGUAUGGCCUGAGCUUUUUUUGCAUGGAAUGGGUGCAUUUGCUGUGGCUCAUCUGCUGUACUCACUCACCUUCCUCUCCAGUCGUUAUGCAGCAUAUUCCUCUUCCUCCUGGACCCGUUUUCUAUCUCUGAUUUUGUUCAUGGUGGGAGGAGGUUUCUACAUCUACGUAUAUCCAUUCCUUCAGAAGGCGCCAGACUCAGAUCUGCUCAUUCCAGCUGUGGGGGUCUACAUUUUCUUAAUUACUCUAAUGGGGACAUUAGCCAUCAGAACCCGUCACACAGCAACACUGUUAGGAAGUUUGUCCUUCAUGCUGUCUGACAUGACACUGGCUCUGCAGGUUUUCAAGGUGGCACCAAUGACACAUGGCCAGAUUGUUGUCAUGGCGACAUAUUAUUUGGCACAGCUUCUAAUAGCUGUGGGCGAUAUGAAAGCAGUGGAAUACAAGGAUGAUUUUGCAAAAUGGAAGCGGUCCUAA